CAAACCUGAAACGGGUAACCUUUCUUUGAGGAGCGCGAUAAGGGUUUCUUUUGACGCCUUAUCCAUUUUGCAAUUCCUUCAUACAGAAUCCCUCUAAUAAUGCAGGCUCAAAUGUUUAUCAGCUCUUCUAUUGUUCUCCAUCCAUCUUCCAUGAACAUGUCUGUUAAAUUGAACUCUCUCGCUAUACAUCAGAUGAAGACCAUAUUAGGUUACACUAAAGGGGGGAAUGGUUGUAUAUUAGGGUUCAGACCGAAAAACAACAGGAAAUUCAAAAUUCUUCAAGCAAUGAACAUGGCUGCUGCAGGACAAUCUGAUGAUCCUGGAAAGAUGAAUUUGGAUGGUAUUAUCAAAAGAGCAAGAAACAUGUGGGAAAAUUGUCCUGAUGAAGUUAAAACUUUCCCUUGGGAUAGAGCUGUUGAGAAUUUCAUUCAGCUGAUACUUGAUCUUGUUCUUGCUGUUGUCAAAUAUCUUUCAGUUCCUCUAUUAGCAAUCACCACACUCAGUGAAAUGUCUUACUGUGCGCACGAGAGGAAACUUGUUCUCGUCCCUAUACCAUUUGUUAUUGGUUUCACUAUUGCAGGGAUAUUAAGAACAUCUGUUCUCAAACUAUCUCCACAUCUAAAGGAUGCAGAAGUUCCAUGGCAUCUGCUGGUCAUUGCGGUUUUCUUCACAAUCCUGAAGUUACCAGGUCCAUAUUACCCCUAUUGGGGACGCAUUGUUAUUCCUCAUGUAGCCAAUGGUGCAUUAUGGGGAUCACUAUUUUUCGCAUUUAUGUGGUAUAAAAAUUCUGCAAGACGGGCAGAGACACCAAGAUCCGACUCUUCCCAAUCUGUUUGAACUGUAAACACACAAUGGUUUUGGUUUUUAUGCUCCAAAGGCUCUUGGGUUGGAUGUUUGGAGUGUCGUAAAAUCAAAUGAUAUAAAAAUGUUGUUAAGUUCUUAUGUAAAGAUUUAUUUCCUUGAAUUUAAUAAAAUUCUGCUUCAUUUUA